AUUUCCAGGUAGGAGGGCCCAGGGGCGCAUGUGCACCCAACCCACGCCGCCAUUCAUGGCUGUCAAUCACCGGGUCCCAGCCGGUGAUUACUCGCUGGCGCCCGGUGAUUGCCGAGCAUCUUUGACAGGGAGGAGAACUGUUUGUAAACAAAACAGCUCUUCUCCAUCAGCUCGUGCACACUGCUUUGGAUGGUUGUGCAUAGCACAGCCAUGCAAAGCAGUGUGAUUACAGUGAAGCACAAACACACAGCCCCAUAGUAAAACACACCCAGCACACAGUUAACCCUUUGAUUGUCCCUCAUGUUAACCCCUUCCUGUCCAGUGCCAUUAGUAUAGUGUCAGUGCUUUUUUUUUUAGCACUGAUCACUGUUUUU